GCCACAAAAACUACCUUUAAAUACCAACUCUUCAAGUAACAGAAACACCCUACCAUCUCAAAGUUUUCAAAAGCAAUAAUGAAAUCUCAACAAUCCCAUAACCCACUUCAUGUAACUUUUCUUCCAUUUCCAUCUCCUGGCCAUAUGAUUCCUAUGAUUGACACUGCAAGACUAUUAGCCAAACAUGGUGUUAAUGUAACCAUCAUUACUACACAUGCCAAUGCUUCAACAUUCCAAAAAACCAUAGACAGUGACUUCAGUUUAGGAUACUCCAUCAAAACUCAUCUUAUUGAAUUCCCUUCAGCUCAAGUUGGUCUUCCAGAUGGUGUUGAAAAUCUCAAAGAUGGAACAUCCUCAGAAAUUCUUAGUAAAAUCAACCGUGGAAUAUCGAUGCUUCGAGAUCCGAUUGAGGUUCUGUUUAAAGAUCUUCAACCAGAUUGUAUAGUCACUGAUAUGAUGUAUCCUUGGACAGUGGAAGCAGCUGCAAAACUAAACAUUCCAAGGAUUCACUUUUAUAGCUCAAGUUACUUCUCCAGCUGUGCCUUUCAUUUUAUCAUGAAAUAUAGGCCUCAUGAUAAUUUAGUUUCUGAUACACAGAAAUUUACUAUUCCUAGUUUUCCUCAUACCAUUGAGAUGACCCCUCUGCAGAUUCCUGAUUGGUUAAGGGAAAAGAAUCCUGCCACAGCCUAUUUUGAACCAAUUUAUGAAUCAGAGGAAAAAAGCUAUGGCACACUAUACAAUAGUUUUCAUGAACUAGAAAGUGAAUAUGAGAAACUUUGUAAUACUACAAGGGGGAUCAAAUCUUGGAGUGUAGGACCAGUUUCAGCUUGGGCUAAAAAGGAUGAUGAAAAGAAGGGUGAUAAGGGGCACAUAGAGGAGAAUGGAAAAGUGGCAGAGUGGCUAAAUUGGCUUAACUCAAAGCAAAAUGAGUCUGUACUUUAUGUAAGCUUUGGAAGUUUAACUAGGCUAACUCAUGCUCAGCUUGUAGAAAUUGCACAUGGGCUUGAAAAUUCAGGUCAUAAUUUUAUCUGGGUUGUAAGGAAAAAUGAUAUGGAUGAGAGUGAAAACAGUUUCCUACAAGAUUUUGAGGGAAGGAUGAAAGAAAGCAAAAAGGGCUAUAUCAUAUGGAAUUGGGCACCACAGCUUCAGAUAUUGGAUCACCCUGCAACAGGUGGAAUUGUGACUCACUGUGGUUGGAACUCGAUUCUUGAAAGCUUGAAUGCUGGUUUGCCAAUGAUCGCGUGGCCAAUGUUUGCCGAGCAAUUUUACAAUGAGAAGUUGCUUGUUGAUGUUUUGAAGAUAGGGGUCCGAGUUGGAGCAAAAGAAAACAAGUCAUGGGAUAGUAUUUGUGUAGAGGCGAUGGUUAGAAGGGAAGAGAUUGCAAAGGCUGUUGAGAUUUUGAUGGGAAGUGGACAAGAGAGCAAAGAAAUGAGGAUGAGAGCAAAGAAACUUGGUGAUGCUUCCAAGAGGACUAUAGAGGAAGGUGGACAUUCAUACAACAACUUGAUUCAGUUCAUUGAUGAGCUGAAAUCACUGAAGAAAUCUAAAGCACUUGGUGACUCAGCAGACUAGAGAAUUGAAAUGAAGGAGUAGCUGAUUAAGGCUUUGAAUAUGAUGAAACAACAUCCAAGUUUUUCUCUCCAGCUACUUUUUGCUGUUAUCUGGAGUUCAAUAAGAUGAAUCAAUAUCCAAUUAUUGUGCACUUCAGUUUGCCUUAUAACAAUAUGUAUUAAUUCAUCACUACAAAUAUUUUAGUGUUCCAUUAUGCGAUACGUUGUAGUAUACUGUAUAACUCCAGGUGAAGUAAAGUAUAUGUUGAUGACAGGUUUCAAAAUUGAGGUAACAAAGGUUCCAUAACUAUAA